AUGAGAAACCCUCCAUAUCCACAGAUCAAAUGGAUAAUUAUUGUGUGGGUCAUUGCCAAUUUGAAACUAUUUGUUAUAGGACACCCCGCAAUGGCAGCGGGAAAAUCCAUACAGGUUUUUGAAGACGCUAAAGGUGUUGGAACUGCUGGACAUGCAAACAAGAGCUCUUUAGAUGUCAAAGCCGUUCACGAACCAUUGCUUCCAAAACCAGACGAUCUGAGAACCUCCGUGGUUUUGAGCCCUUCAAAAAGUGGCUCUGGCACUGCAGAUAUAGCAGACAGCAUGAGAAAAGGUCGUGUAGAAGGUCCUCAUAUCCCCAACACACUUCAAACAGGCUCUAAAGAUCUCCAAGUAGCCCACGAUUUCUUGUAUACAAAACCAGAUGGUCUUCAAACUUCAACACUUGUCCGCCAUCCACAAAUUGGCACUUGGUUUGCCAAAAUAAGAGGAUUCAUGAGCAAAUCUCAGGGUGCAGAUCCCAGUCUUCGCGAGUCUCCCAGCGCAAGUUUCAAAUUCGAGGAUACUCGCGGUUUUACUGCGAAGGAAAUAAGGGAAGAUCUCCUCAGAUUUACUCCUACUGCAAGAGCCAAAAAGGUAGCUCCAUUGAUUCCCGAAGUAGAUGAAGCUUUCAAAAAUCAAAAUGGAAUGGUGUUGAAAGGGCAGAUGGAAGAUAUCAAACCAGUCGAAGUAGCAAAACUUUCACCUGAUAGACUUAUCAGAUACGCAGCAGAUAGGAAUGACAAUGUGGAAGGUAUGGCCAGAAAUUUAUACAAGGCCUCGGAGAAAUACAUCAAGGAUGAACAAAGGGCUUUUUACAAGGCUUCGCUGGGCUAUAGCCAAGUGUUAGACCAUUCAUUGAUCUUGAAUAAGAAGACUUCCGCCAAAUCAUACGAGGAGACUAGAAAGAUGAUUGAGGAUAUAGUAAAGCAGAAGAUGAAAGAGUCCGAAGUCAAAGGAAUAUCCGAGAACGAUAUGACCAUGUCUAUCCGUGAAUCAUUCAUCGACAAAAUGGCAGUCUUGUUUCCUGAGGUUGAGAAAAGACUGCAGGAACUUCAGAAAUCUAAAGCAAAUUAUCAACAAGCGUAUACCGAUACUUAUCAGGCUGCUCAUCAUCUAAGCAAUACCAAAUCACUCAAUCCACAAGCCCUUGCGCAGCUUACAGAUAAGCAAUACGUUGAACAGGCUGCAUUCUAUGAUAUAAAGGCAUAUCGAAGAUACGCUCAAUGGUCCGAUGCUGAAAAACGAUUAGAUGAUAUUUUAUACGAUCAAGACUUGGUUGCGGCAUUGAAGAGCAAGUUUGAAACAGCUACAAAGGAUAAGGAGAUCAACGUAAUCGCGGAUCAAUUGAAAGACAAUCUAAAAGCUAAAGGAAAACCAAUUGAUGAGAAAACUGUCAAUACAGUAGCUCGAAGCAAUUUCAUCAAAGAACAAGCCUCUCUUGACCCAGUGUUGCAGCACUAUGUGUCUCGGAUCAAGAUUGCAGAAAAACAAAUUGAAAACACCAAGAAUACUGCUUUGGAAGGUGCUGAUAGAUAUUACAAAAGUCACAAGCUUUUGAAAUCUACAGCAUUGAGGUAUAAGAGUUCGUUCUUCAGAAACAUCAUUCCAAAGUUUUUUAGUCGGCCUGUCAUUGUGUAA